GUGUGUAGCAAGACUAAAAAAAUCGCGAACUGGCGCGAAAUUUUUUAGCAAGUUUUUUUUUAAAUUAAUUGUGCAAUUGUUGAAGAAUCUGUUUUUGUGUUCAUCCUGAGUGUGUUAUACUCUUUUGAUGUUAAAAUUAUUAUCGUGUAUUUUGUGAAGCAAUGUGAGAGAAGGACGAUAGGCGGUAAAUUACAUGUGACAAGUUUAUUUUAAAAUUGCUCUGGUUUUUGUGUGAAAUUGUGUUUGUUUAUUAUGGCUGAUGUGGAAAAUACCGGCGGGAAAGAGGUUAUCAAAGAAGAAGAGGAGGAGGGCACAGAGUUAGAGCUAGAGGCUCUAUACAGAAGAUACUGCGUGCGACUCAAACAUGCGCUCUUCGUUUCAGCGUUGUGUGUCACGCUGUUCUGUUGCGUUCUGCUGUUGUGUGCGGUGUGCAUUCUGCACUCGAGUGAACUAUCAACCCAAACAAAAGCGAUCGCAUCACUAUCCGUCAUCACAUUCGUGCUGUCAAUAGUGUUGUGCCUAGCGCUGUUACCAGCGGCCCCGGAAUGGGAAGCACUAGCGCUGGCCGGGUCACUGCUAGUGACGUUCAGUCUUGGUGCCGGGACGCUGAUGGCGACGCAUCAUGCGCCGUUGCCACUCUUCGCUUUGAUAUUGGUAAGUUGUUAAAUUAUAGUGAACGAGCUAUUGUUACUAGCUGCCCCGGAAUGGGAGCUAGCCGG